UCACCCAUGCUGCGUCACCGUCUGUGCGGACCCUCCAUCCGACCUUCCACAUCGACUCAACCUAUGAUUCUGCUCCACCCUAUUCCUUCAGGACACCGGACACCAGCUCUACCAGUAGCCAAAUACAUCACACUCGCCCGAAUAGCCACGCCUUGGUCGGUAGACAAGCGGUAUGAAGAUAGGUUCACUCGCGGGUUGAGGAGUCACUUCGAGCAAGAGCAAGGGGUAGGGAGUAGGUUGAUUAAGCAAGGAGAUGUGGUGGCCGUGCCAAUCUCCGAAGAGAUCAAGGAGAACGAUGAUGACGAAGAGGACAGACUGCCGAGGACCAUAGCUGUGGUCUACUUUGCCGUCUCUUACGUAUCGUACGAUCCCCUCAUCCCGCUGGAGGAAGAUUUCGUCAUGUCGGCCUCAUCCCAAGCCCGAGCGGGAGAGUUCGGUUGUUGGGUCGACGUAGAAAAGACGAGGAUGAUGACGAUCAGUGUCCAGCAUGGCAAGUCAGUCCCAGGGAUGCAAAGCUGGGUUCAACUCCGUGAGUCCGCUCAAAACAGCUUGUUGCUGAAGAUAUUGCGCUUUUUAGCACGAGAGCCUCGCGUCUUCUCGGAAAGCCUGGGACAGCGACUCUCCAACUACAUCACCGCACACCUUUCGACAGCCUCGCUUAUGUCGUUCAAUAUACCGUUGCUCCUGACCGGCGCGAGAGGUUCGGGCAAGUCGAGCUCCGUCCGCAGGACAGCAGAGGACCUCGGAAUCCAUGUUGUCGAGGUCAACUGUUACGACAUCCUGGACGAAGCACCCGCUACCACAGAAGGAACCUUGUUGGCACGUCUAGAGAAGGCUCAGAACUGUGCGCCUUGCAUUCUCUUGCUACGGCACGUGGAAGCUCUCGGUCGCAAAUCAACGGUACAAAGGCGCGGUAAAGACUCGCCGCUCCUGGUAAAGAUUGUAGCGACCAUGCAAACAAAAGUUGCACCUUCUGGUCUUCCCACCAUCUUGGUUGCCACGACCACCGAGCCGGACCAAAUCUCCGAAGAUCAUAUGGCCGUCUUCAAGCAAGAGCUCAAGUUGGAGGCGCCAAGUGAACCGGAACGAUCCCUGAUCUUGCAGGAGCGUGUUCGCGGUCUGGAGCUUGCGGUCGACGUGGAUCUCGGCCGGUUAGCUCGAGAGACGGCCGCGUUGACCGCGGUUGACCUUGCCAACCUUGUGGAUCGCGCCCAGAUGGCGUCUGUGAAGCGGUUGACCGAGUUGAGGGAACACGCUUCGAGUGCGAUGCAUGUUGGCAUGCCAAUCGUCAACGCGGACUUUGAAGACGCUCUCAACAAGGCCCGAAGCUCAUUGGCGGACGCUAUCGGUGCUCCCAAGAUCCCCAACGUUUCGUGGGACGAUGUCGGGGGUCUUGCGGACGUCAAGUCGGAUAUCUUGGAUACGAUACAGCUGCCACUGGAACGACCGGAACUCUUCGCCGAAGGCUUGAAGAAACGAUCAGGUAUCUUGCUUUACGGUCCACCAGGUACAGGAAAGACCUUGCUAGCCAAGGCGGUAGCGACCUCGUGCUCGCUCAAUUUCUUCUCGGUCAAGGGACCGGAACUCUUGAACAUGUACAUCGGAGAAUCCGAAGCCAACGUGCGGAGGGUAUUUCAAAAGGCCAGGGACGCUCAACCCUGCGUCAUCUUUAUGGACGAGUUGGAUUCGAUCGCGCCCAAGAGGGGUAACCAGGGAGACAGUGGCGGGGUAAUGGACAGGAUCGUCAGCCAGCUGUUAGCCGAGCUGGACGGGAUGGCAGAAGGAAAAGGUGGAGCCGGAGUCUUUGUGAUGGCUGCCACGAAUAGGCCGGAUCUCUUAGAUCCCGCAUUGCUUCGACCGGGACGAUUCGAUCGCAUGCUCUACCUCAGCGUCAGCACUGAUCAUAAGACGCAGUACAACAUCUUGUCCGCCCUGACGAGGAAAUUCAACCUCGACCCGCAACUGGACCUGAUGACGGUGGCAGAUCAGUGUCCCUUCAACUAUACCGGAGCCGACUUUUACGCCUUGUGUUCGGAUGCCAUGCUCAAGGCCAUGUCCAGGACCGCUUCGGCGGUAGAUGAGCGGAUUGCACGACGGAAUCCAGCCGCGCUCGAACUUGUCCCCGAACCUCGAGCCUACCCGAAACCGCUUACUCCGCAGUAUUAUCUCUCUGCGAUGGCUACUCCUGAGGAGGCCGAUGUGGUGGUGACGGAACGAGAUUUCGUCUCUGCCUUGUCUGAGCUGGUACCUUCGGUCUCGCUGGACGAUAUCCGACAUUACGAGACGGUGCGACAAAAGUUUGCGUCAGAGACGCUUAAUUCGGAGAAGCAGGUGAAUGGUGAAGGCGGUGCCAAUGGGAUCGCCAUAAGUAAAAGUAAAGGCAAAGGCAAAGCCAGGGCAUGACCAGACGAGGUUAAUUGAACGACGUUAGAGAAACACUUGUAGAUGAGACUACGGUAGAUUCAAGGUCGUCCGGGCCGAAACCAGGAGAACGUGAUGCAUCACAGAUCCGCGAUAUAGUUGACACAGUCUGACGUCCGCUACCCGACCUUGAUGACUGUCAAAUGUUGACCAGUAGCUACUAGAUGUAAAGAUCCUGUCAUCUAGCGU